AUGGGCACGCAAAGCACCGGGUGCCAUGGGAAUGAGACUUUGAGGACCCCGAACCCGCAUACAUCUGACUUUGCCAAGCUUGCCAAGCACGUCCGGCAAGACUUGCAACAGCAAGCAAUGUUUGAAGAGAGGAGGUCGAGCCGAAUCGUCGCAGAUCGCCCGCUCGUUGAUGUCAUGUUGCCUUUGUUCCUGAGUCUGAAGGAAAGGGGAUCGUCGAUGCCACCCCGACCCUCACUCGGCCGUCCCAUCGAGCUGAUCGUGAGGCUAUUCGCACUAGUGUCGCCGAAACGUCAGUAA